UAAGCAAAAUAUAACCACACGUUAUAUUCUAGUAGGAAGCCAUGGAAACCUUCUCCAUCUCUCGAAACUCAUCUUCCCUCAUCAUUCUCACUAGACCAUCAACCAGGCACAAGCCAAUCUUCCUGCCACAGCGUCACGGUUCUCUCACUUUCAACACCAUCAGAUGCACCACCACUGAUAAUAACAAUAACAAUACUAGUAACAACAACACAACCAAUGAUGAUGCAAACUCAGUUCAAGUUCAAGCACCAAUGGCAACACCAACUAAUCCCGUAGAAAUAAGCUUCCGGAGAAGAUCGAGAAGGCAAGCCAAACGACUGCGAGAGAACGAUGGCAUGCAAUCCACAACUAAGGGGAGGGUUGAGACUCCCCCCAAGAAGUGGGAGGACAUGAGUCUGAGUGAGAAAGCAGUGGAACUGUAUGUGGGAGAGAAGGGUGCUCUCUUCUGGCUCAACAAGUUUGCAUAUGCUUCAAUCUUCAUCAUGAUUGGGGGAUGGAUAGUGUUCAGGUUUGUGGGCCCUGCAUUCAACCUUUACCAGCUUGAUGGUCCUCUGCUCUCCCCUUCUGAUGUCUUCAAGUGAUCUUCAUCUAAAGAUUUUGAGUUUGAUCAAUAUUCACUCUUUAGCUUCUGAGCUCAGAUGAUGCUCUCCAAUUAUGUCACUUGGUACUAUAGUGUAUCACAGAUAUUAUAUGUAAAAUUCCAGGAGAGCAAAAACCAAUCAUUUUUGUUAAAGAGAGAGUUGUAAUGUCACUGCAGCAUCUUUUUUUUUUUUUAGUAUACAGGCCUUUUUUUCGUGUUUGAAGUAUAGAUGAGUAUUACAUUAGAAAUCAACCCUAAACAAAGCAGAGAAUUUGAUUUCUAUCCAAACCUAAUGGUAUGAAUGACCCAUAUAAUCAACUUUGUUUAGUGGGA